CUUUUGGUUGAUAAGGGACGCCAAUAAGAGCUAGUGGUUGGAUGGAGACUGUGAGCGGUGAUUUUGCUUGGUUGUAAUCUCCCAAAUCAUGUCCCGUGUGUUGGUGCCCUGUCAUGUGAAAAGCACUGUAGCCCUGCAAGUGGGCGACAUGAGGACCUCUCAAGGUCGGCCUGGCGUGCUGGUCGUCGAUGUCACUUUUCCCAACAUCGCGCCUUUCGAGUUGCAGGAGAUCAUGUUUAAGAAUUACUACACAGCUUUCUUGAGCAUCCGUGUUCGUCAACAAAGCUCCAUGCACACAGCAGCCAAGUGGGUAACUUGUCUUCGGGAUUACUGUUUGAUGCCUGACCCACACAGUGAAGAGGGAGCCCAGGACUAUGUAUCACUGUUCAAGCACCAGAUGCUGUGUGACAUGAACAGAGUGCUGGAGCUGCGUCUGAUUCUGCGGCAGCCAUCACCACUGUGGCUGUCUUUCACAGUGGAGGAACUGCAGAUCUACCAACAGGGACCAAAGAGCCCCUCCUUGGCGUUCCCCAAGUGGCUUUCCCACCCAGUGUCCAAUGAGCAGCCUGCUCCCCGCCUUGAGCAGGGUCUCCCAGAUCCCAGCAGAGUGUCCUCUGAGGUGCAGCAGAUGUGGGCACUGACAGAGAUGAUUCGGGCUAGUCACACUUCCACGAGGAUCGGCCGCUUCGACGUGGAUGGCUGUUAUGAUCUGAAUUUACUCUCCUACACAUGAACAGCAGCUUCUACGUGAGAUGUUGGCUUUCUGUGCCCAUCUAGAUGGGGUUUGGCCACCAGAGGCCGUUCCCUGUGCAUCCAAGUUCUAUCUGGGCAAAAAUCUGCAGAUUGGGAAUUCUUGAUACCCAUCCAGUUGUUUUAGCAUGAAUUCCUAGUGGGGGCACUUCUGUCUCUGACUGUCUGACAUGUAAAUUCAGUCUCUUCCUCUCAGAAUUCACCGGUUCUAAUUAGAAUCCUUGAGCUCCUCUUGCUUGUCCUGCCAACACGAACACCCCAGUCUGCUACCAUUUCCCCCCAUUGCUGAGAUAAACCUGUCACUUGUAGCAAGGAAGCCACUGUUGUUUUGACACUCAUGACCUGGGAAGCUUGAGGAAGACAUACCCUCUAUUCAUUCCUCUGCUUCUGCUAGUAGCCCUUGUCCUUUUGUAUUGUAUCCAUGAAAAGAAAAUGUCCUAGAGCCAGGCAUGGCACACACCUUUCAUCUUAGCAUUCUGUGAGUUCAAGAUCAGCCAGGUCUACACACUGAAUCCCAAGGCCAAUCAGGGCUACAUAGUGAAACUCCAUACUAAGAAAGGAAGGAAGAAAGAAAAGAAAGAAAAAAGGAAGAAAGAGGAGGAAGGAAGGAGAGAAAGAAAAUAGCUCUCUUUGAAAUUGUCUGCUUCCAGCCUGGGAGGCGAAGAUGAGACUUCUGGGAGCUUGAGUGCUUAAGUCCCUACAAUUGCUCCUGAAAAGUGUUCUGUGUCAGUUCUGGGUAGGUGCUGUUGGCACAGCUGGGGCCAGAGCACGAGUCCUCCCUUCGGACUAUUUGUCAUCAGAUUCAGCAUGAAGUACAUCCAACGAUCCCUGUCCCUUCUCUCAGUUGCUUCUGCCCGUCAUGCUCAGGGUGCUGAGAGAGCCCUGGGGGAGUGCGUCCAAGCCAACGUCUCACUGACACUCAUUGAGGCUGAGGCCCUCCAUUACCCCAGAGCAACCACUAAAUGAGGAAGACUACUGCUCUUUCCUGUGAUCAGAUUGUUUCCCUCUAGUCCUUCCUGGCUUCGUCCCCGGGCAGUAUUAUUAAGCCGUGCUGCAAGGUGUCUCAGAUCUGGAAAAUUGGACACGAGUAUAUGCAACAGUUUUCUGGGAAAGUCUGGCCACCUUUGGUAGCUACCUUGCAUCUCUGCAGUCAGCCCUCUUGAAGGUCCUGUCUUCACCUACAGGAUCAUAGUUAAGCCCCACUGACAGGGUAAUUACCAUAGUCCAGUGUUCAGGGAACAAUGGUCCUCAGUACACUUGGGCAAAGAGGAUCCUGAAGUGGCAGGGGCUAUGCAUAAUUCACAGCUGUGUUCCUAAGUUCCUAGAGCUGGAGCUAGUGUACGGCAAGAUCAAUAAAUACUUGUGGAAUAUG